ACCUUGAUUUGUCACCGAGACGUUUUUUGUGACUGUCCAAAUUUUUUUACCUGUAGCUUUCACGGCAAGUCCGACGUUACUACUUUCUCUCUUCGAAACCCUUCAUAUGGCUGAUCACUGGUCGUUCAUCGCCGGCAAGAGCGAUGAGCCUUUGGUCGUCAAAAUCCAGGAUGGUCAAUAUGUCCAGAUUCUGAAAGAAUCGCCCAUUUUCGCCAACAUUACUAGCAUGGACGCCAAUCUGGCUCAGACAGGCGACAUUGUUGAGUUUGUCAGCAACCAGAUCCGCACCGUGGAUGCUACCGAUGUGGAACUGUUGGCCACUGGUAUCGCUGCUCUCAAUAUUUUCAUUCAAGUCAACUGGACUGGACCUUUGGUUGAUUUGGAGCCACAUCAUUUGGUGGCAGACGUCGACCCUGAACUCAUCCAAAAGUUCUGUUUGACCUACCUGUCGGCCGACUCGGAAGAGGUUUACCAUCUUGCGCCUCGUCUUGGAUUUCUUGCCAUCGCUCUGGCCAUCUUCCGUGCUUUGUCUGAAAAGGAAUCUUCCGUGGCAUCCGCUGCAUGGUGGUAUGCACGUGCUUUGUUCACCCAGCAAAAGUUGUUGGAUGAAGGUGCCAGCUCCUUGCUUGACAUCAUGGAAAACCUCUACAAGCGCGUACUUCCAGCCAUUCCCCAGGACAACACCGACCUUCUCACUCGGUGCCAUUUGGAGCUUGGUCUGGUUCAUCAUUGGUAUGGUAUGGAUAAGGAAGCUCUGGAAGAAUUUCAGGUCUCUCAACAGUCUUCUGGAUUCAACUGGAAUGUCACAGGUGCGAUGGGACGACGUACUAAGCAUCAACAAUUCGACGUGUCUCAAUUGGUCAUUGUAGCUGAAAGUAAGAGCAGCAAUGAACAGGCGUCUGAAGAUAAGAUUCAGCCUGAAACAUUGGCCCUGAAUGACGACACCUUGUUGGAAAAGAUCGCCAUCAACGCCGAUGAAAAGGCUAGCCAGCAAGGUAAUUUGCAAGUCAUUGAUCAAUGUUUGCUGUUGGCUUAUUGCUUGAAUGUCAAGAAUACCAACCCUGAUCAUGGCAUGACCUCUGAACAAAUGGUACCCUUUGUGUCUCGUGUAUUGGACAACCCCAACAACUGGAUGGUGUAUACCAUGGCGCUUCUUUUACGCUCACGUUUGGAAAGUAACAAGUCGCGUACUGUGGAACGUUCCGUGCUUCAGUUGCAAGCUCUCGUUGACCAAAUUAAGGUUGAGGAUUCCACCGUGCAAGAGCGUUUGGCCUAUUUCUAUCAAAUUUUGAUCCCUAGCAAGUGGGAGAUGGAGCGUGAAUUGGCCAAAAGAUUUAUCAGCUUGGGUGUGAUGCGAUCCGCUCUGGAAAUCUUUGAACGUCUGCAAAUGUGGGAGGAUGUUAUUUCAACCUAUCAAAUGCUGGAGCAACCUGACAAGGCUAAGAAAAUCCUCUUGACUCUUUUGGAAGAACAGCCAAAGUCACCAAAGCUUUGGUGUAUUCUUGGUGAUAUUGAGCAAAACCCUGAACAUUGGCAUAAGGCUUGGGAAAUCAGCGGUCGUCCAUUUGCAAGAGCCAUGCGAAGUCUUGGUGCUUACCACUAUCGCCGCGAGGAAUACUCAGACUCCAUUGCUUGUUACGAAAACGCUAUGAAGCUCAAUCCUCUCUUCGAAAACUCAUGGUUCGUCAUGGGUUGUGCUGCUAUUCAGAUCUCAGAAUGGGAUGUUGGUAUCAAGGCGUUUUCACGUUCAGUUGCUCUCGACGACGAAAAUGCUGAAGCCUGGAACAACCUUGCCAGUAUCUAUAUUAGACAAGACAAGAAGGGCGAUGCUUUCUAUGCCCUCAAGCAAGCCACCAAGCUCAAGUUUGAAAACUGGAAGAUGUGGCAAAACCUUCUGUGGGUUUGUAUUGAUAUUGGCGAAUAUGCUGAAUCCAUCUUGGCCAUGCAACGUAUUGUAGAUAUCAGAUGGGAGAAGGUUCGCGACGAAGCUGUUGAUACCGAGGUCUUGUCACUUAUCAUUGAUGGCGUGACCAAGAAUGUUCGUGACGUUCAUGAUAAAGAUGCUGGUCGACUGGCUCGCCAUGUCCAAAAUCUACUAGAGAACGUCAUCCUCUCUCGCAUUACCAACUCUCCCGACCUUUGGCGCAUUUGCAGCAAGUUCUAUAUCUGGCAAGGAGAGUACGAAAAGGCUCUGGAUGCCAGUGUAAAGGCUUAUCGAUCUACCAUGCAUGACCCCCAACUCGAGACGGACAAGGCAGUGUUCGAGCGUGUUGCUGAAAUUGCUAUGGAUACCGUUGAUAUGUAUGAGAAUUUUGGCGAGCAAGCCAAGGUCGACUGGAAAUACCAGGCUCGAACUGUUCUCAAAGGUUUGAUCGGUAAAGCCAAGAGUUCGUGGGAAGACACCGAAACCUAUGACAAGCUGAAAGAACGUCUCGAUGAGCUGCGCAACCAGUAAUAGUCGUUCAUCAACAAGACCGGAAGACUUUUUCAUAAAACAAAAAAAGCACAAUCUCCUUUCUAGAAAAUAGCAUUGCCCACCAUAAUCUCUCCUUCCAGUGUACAACAAUCAUCCCUUAUUCCCAGCAA